AUGGCUACUCAUGCUCUCGUCUCCCAGUACGUCCAGGAUGUCAAGGAGCUUGACUCUUACCUUACAGGAUCUCCAAUCGCCCUCACAGGAUCUACCCUGUCUCUUUCUCAGAUUGCUGCUAUCGCCCUCUACCCGCCCUCUUCUCCUUGCAUCAAUCCCGUUAAACUCCAACUUACUGAUGAUCAGAAUGUCAAAGCAAAAGCAUCUGCUUCCCGUGCUGUCAUCGAGAGCAAGGUCGCAGCAGGCAUUAGUGUCUAUGGUGUCAGCACUGGUUUUGGUGGCAGCGCAGAUACAAGGACAGAUGACCCUAUUGCACUCGGUGCCGCCCUCCUGCAGCACCAGCAUGCCGGCGUUAUUCUCCCUACUUACGCACCCACCGCUAUCCCGACCCUCUCUUCUUUCAGCAAUUCUCAUCUCAACAUUUUCCCUUCCCCCGCCCCGCUCUCUGAUCCAUUCACCAGUACUACUAUGCCACCCACUUGGACGCGCGCCGCUCUCCUUAUCCGCGCUAACAGUAUCAUGCGCGGACACAGUGGUGUCCGCUGGGAACUUGUCCAGAAAAUGGCAGAGCUUAUAAACAAAGGCGUUACCCCUGUUGUCCCUAUGAGGGGCAGCGUCAGUGCCAGUGGAGACCUAUCCUCCCUCUCUUACAUUGCCGCAACACUCAUCGGAAACCCCGCUAUCAGGGCUUGGGUUCCUUUGCCCCGCCCCUCUUCAGAUGUACCCAGUACAUCCUCAACCCCCUUUUCAACUGUAACAUCUUCGCCACACUCCUCACCCCAAUUGUCACCCUUCUCUCCGUCUACCCCACUGCUUCCCUCAGCCGAUGCCCUACCAAUAAAAACUCCCAAAUUGGACAACUACGAAUCGUACGCCCUCCUUCCUGCCCCGCAGGCCUUGCAGGUUGCCGGCAUCACCCCCCUCCCGCUCUCGAGUAAGGAGCAUCUAGGGAUCCUGAAUGGCACGGCAUUUAGUGCGGCUGUAAGUGCGUUAGUUGUGAGAGGUGCGCGGGGGGUGGGUGUGCUAGGUGCCGUCCUAACAGCCAUGUCUGUUGAAGCGAUGCUCGGUGCGAGGGGCAGCUUCGAUCCAUUCGUCGGCGAGGCAAGGCCACACAUUGGACAAAUCCACUCCGCACAUCUUAUGUACACUCUGCUCGACGGGUCUUCCUUUGCAAGUGCACAUGAGGUAGAAGUCAAGAUUGAGGAAGAUGCCGGCGUGUUGAGGCAGGAUCGGCAAGUUCCGCUUUGCUUGGUCACAUCACUGAACGUUAACCCCGCACGCAGUUACUCCCUCCGCACAGCCCCCCAAUGGCUCGGUCCCCAAUUCGAGGACCUCGCAAAUGCAGCACAAGUAAUCACAACCGAGGUUAACUCCACCACCGACAACCCGCUCAUCGAACCCCCUUCUGCGUCCAACAACCAGACCGGACAGAUUCAUCAUGCAGGCAACUUCCAAGCGCUCGCCAUUACGAACGCGAUGGACCACGUCCGUCUCAGCCUCGCUCACAUCGGCAAGCUGAUGUUCGUGCAGCUCACGGAAAUUGUGAACCCAGCCAUGAACAGGGGCUUGCUCCCCAAUUUGGCUGGUGGAGAGGUCGGAUUGGAUUUCGGGUUCAAGGGUGUUGACAUCGCUGCUGCGUCAUAUACGGGCGAGUUGAAUGCACUUGGGGGAAUGAACGUCGGCGUCGGCAACGUGAGCGCUGAGAUGCACAACCAGAGUGUCAAUUCCCUCGCGCUCAUCUCAGCGCGGUACACCCUGACUGCACUCGAAGUGUCCACUCUUCUCGCCGCCUCACACCUCCUCGUGAUCUGCCAGGCGCUCGAUCUCCGCGCACUCGGCGAGGAACUGCGUGAGGCGCUCCCAGGACUCAUCCGCUCAUCCCUCCUCGAUGCCUUCCCUUCGCUUACUGAUGACACUACAGCUACCUCGCUCGUGGCUGCUUGUCUCCCAACACUCACAGAGACACUCGACCACACAACGACGCUCGAGACAAACGCGCGGAUGCACAAAGUUGCAGGCGCAUGCGUGGUGCCGCUCAUCACGACGCUGUCAACCUCUCCAGUGCAGGGCGCAGAUCUGGGCGCGCUCCCGGUGUUCAUUGCAGCGCUUGCCACGCGCCUAGUUAAGAAGCUGACGGAGCUGCGGUGCGCGUAUCUAGGCGUACAACCGAACGCUGUGCGCGGUGCAAGCCCGAGUGCUGAGGAGACAGAGGUGGCGUGGCGUGGGCCCGCCCCAGCAAGCAAGUACCUCGCGCCGCGGACGCGUGCGCUGUACGAGUUUGUGAGGGUGAUAUUGGGCGUGCGGAUGCACGGGGCUGGGAAUCUCAAGGGGGAUGUGUUUGGAACGCGGGAUGGCCUGGAUGGAGAAGAGGGGACGAUCGGGAACGGGGUUUCAGUUAUCUGUGAGGCGAUCAGGGAUGGGAGAGUCGGGCGUGUUGUGGUGGAGAUGCUGGAGGGCAUAGAGGACCUGUGAGGGGCCUUUGUAAUGACCGACUUUCUGCGUCUUUCCAUGGAGGCUAGCUUCCAGGCAUCCGCGCACUCAUCGUCCCCCUCCCCCUGGGCUGCGCCCACUUUAGCUCGGCAUUCGUCCAGUCAGAGCAGAUUGGGUGAGGUGGCCCUUGCAUAUAGUAUUCUCGUCCUCCUACUUUUCUAACUAUUUUACAUCAACGGGACUUUCUCGUUCAUCGACAUCCAUCAUUCCCUUGUUUGUAUUACUUAGUUACCACAUACAGCCUCCACGCAUUUCUUUCCUAUACUAGUUCAAUGAUUCCCCUCUAUAUCAUGCGGAACAGGGCUUGGAUACAGUAUGCAUUUAUGAUCUAUAUUCUAAUAGAGUUUUUGAAGCCUUUUGAUUCUUGUUGAGCGGAAAGUGCU